AAGCCUGGUGUGUGUGUGCGCGCGCGUGGCUGCAAGCGCAUGCAUACGCCAGCCGGGCCGCCUGUUUGUCAACGUGUGUGUGUGUAUGUGUGUAUGUGUGUGUGUGUGUGUAUGUGUAUGCACACAGCGCGCACAUACAGCAGCACGUUUGCCUAAAAGCCGUGUGAGUGUGUGUGUGUGUGUAGCGCACGCACACACGCCCGUGCUGCGGCCCGGGGGUGUGUGUGUGUGCGCGUGCGUGCGGGCGUGCAGCGCGCGCCCUCGCCAGCCCGCCUGGCCGUGCGGCUUUCCCGCAGGAAAGCGGGGCUGGGGGCAGCCCGGCAGCGCCGCUCCACCUAGUGCGCGCCCAGUUGUUUCCAUAGGAACCGCGACCGCGCCGGGCCCCUCCAGCGGAGGCCCCCGUGCGAGCAUGCCCAGUGCAAGCCGCUAGUUUGGCUCCAGUCUAGGUUUCCAGUAAGUGGCAUGCGGGACUCCGGAGGGAUCCCAAUGAGCUGAGCCGAGAGCCUUUGUGUGCAGAGGGAGGAGGAGGAGGCGGCGGCGGCCGCCGGGCUGGAGACCCCGCCCGGGGAGCCCCCAGCAGGAACAAUGCUAGCCUGCCUGACCCGAGGGAACUUACUGGACGUCCUGCAGGAGGGCUUCAAUGAGCAACAGCUGCAGGCCUAUGUGGCCUGGGUGAAUGCACAGCUGAAGAAGAGGCCAGCAGUGAAGCCUGUGCAGGACCUGCGACAAGAUCUCCGGGAUGGGGUGAUCCUGGCAUAUCUCAUCGAGAUUGUUGCAGGAGAAAAGCUGAGUGGGGUACAGCUGAGUCCCAGUAACCAACAGGAGAUGAAGAAUAAUGUGGAGAAAGUGCUACAGUUUGUGGCCUCUAAAAAGAUUCGUAUGCACCAGACUUCGGCUAAAGAUAUUGUGGAUGGAAACCUGAAGUCUAUCAUGAGGCUGGUCCUUGCCUUGGCAGCUCAUUUCAAACCUGGCUCUAGCAGGACGGUGAACCAAGGACGGGACUCCAGAGCCCCUCUGCAAAGUCACCGACCACACUGUGCCACUGCUGUUGCCCAGGGAGCAGCUGCUGCUCUGGCCGAUGUGUGUCAUGACAUGUCCCGAUCAGGACGGGAUGUCUUUCGAUAUAGACAGAGGAACAGCAGCAUGGAUGAGGAAAUUGAGAAUCCAUACUGGAGUGUGCGGGCCCUAGUGCAGCAGUACGAAGGGCAACAAAGGUCCCCGUCUGAAUCCAGCUGCUCCAGCCUGACUUCACCCAGUCCAAUCCACAGUGCAAAGAGCGAGUCCAUCAUAACCCAGUCAGAAGAGAAGGCAGAUUUUGUGAUUAUUCCCUCUGAAGGAAUAGAGAACAGAACAGAGGGGACAGAUUCUCCAUUAUCUCGAGACUGGCGGCCAGGGAGCCCUGGAACCUAUCUGGAGACCUCAUGGGAAGAACAGCUGUUGGAACAACAAGAAUAUUUAGAAAAAGAAAUGGAGGAAGCAAAGAAAAUGAUAUCAGGACUACAGGCCUUACUGCUCAACGGAUCCUUACCUGAAGAUGAACAGGAGAGGCCCUUGGCCCUCUGUGAACCAGGUGUCAAUCCCGAGGAACAACUGAUUAUAAUCCAAAGUCGUCUGGAUCAGAGUAUGGAGGAGAAUCAGGACUUAAAGAAGGAACUGCUGAAAUGUAAACAAGAAGCCAGAAACUUACAGGGGAUAAAGGAUGCCUUGCAGCAGAGAUUGACUCAGCAGGACACAUCUGUUCUUCAGCUCAAACAAGAGCUACUGAGGGCAAAUAUGGACAAAGAUGAGCUGCACAACCAGAAUGUGGAUCUGCAGAGGAAGCUAGAUGAGAGGAACCGGCUCUUGGGAGAAUAUAAAAAAGAGCUGGGGCAGAAGGAUCGCCUUCUUCAGCAGCACCAGGCCAAGUUAGAAGAAGCACUCCGGAAACUCUCUGAUGUCAGUUACCACCAGGUGGAUCUAGAGCGAGAGCUAGAACACAAAGAUGUCCUCUUGGCUCACUGUAUGAAAAGAGAGGCAGAUGAGGCGACCAACUACAACAGUCACAACUCUCAAAGCAAUGGUUUUCUCCUUCCAACGGCAGGAAAAGGAGCUGCUUCAAUCAGCAACAGAGGGACCAGCGACCUGCAGCUUGUUCGAGAUGCUCUCCGCAGCCUGCGCAACAGCUUCAGUGGCCACGAUCCUCAGCACCACACUAUUGACAGCUUGGAGCAGGGCAUUUCUAGCCUCAUGGAGCGCCUGCAUGUUAUGGAGACGCAGAAGAAACAAGAAAGAAAGGUUCGGGUCAAGUCACCCAGAACUCAAGUAGGUAGUGAAUACCGGGAGUCCUGGCCCCCUAACUCAAAGUUGCCUCACUCACAGAGCUCUCCAACUGUCAGCAGCACCUGUACUAAAGUGCUCUAUUUCACUGACCGGUCACUUACGCCCUUCAUGGUCAAUAUACCAAAGAGGUUGGAGGAGGUGACGUUAAAGGAUUUUAAAGCAGCUAUUGAUCGGGAAGGAAAUCACCGGUAUCACUUCAAAGCACUGGAUCCUGAGUUUGGCACUGUCAAAGAGGAGAUUUUCCAUGAUGAUGAUGCCAUCCCUGGAUGGGAAGGGAAAAUUGUAGCUUGGGUGGAAGAAGACCAUGGAGAGAAUUAAUGCCAAGUAUCAGAUUGAGGGCUUAUGGAACCUGGUCACUCCCUGGCUGCUUCACUCAGGAAAGGGAACUAAAACCAGAAUACACUAAGAAGUUUCUAGUUUGUAUGCCAAAACAGAAGCUUCUCCAAGCAUGAUGGCUACAGGUCAGUCCUAUUUCUGUGCCUGGCAUAUCUGGUACUUAAAAUUCUGUCCAAAUGUAGACCAUGGGUUCAUCUGGAGUUCCUUGUCCGUGGGAACACAGUGUUCUAUUCUACUCUGAGGACAACAAACCGAAGGCCUUAAACGAUGGGGAUGGAUGAUCCCGCCUCUGUAGGGGCAUGGCUGCUAUUAUCUGGAAACUAGGAAUUGGAUGCAUCAUUCCUGUGUGUUACAGUAUUAUUUUAAUUGGCCUCAAUGGUUGCAGCAAUCAGAGUCCCAGCGUUUGUACUCACAGACAAGGCAAAGGUACCAGCUUUUCUGUUUCUUUGAACCUACUGCAAACCAAGAAUAACUCAUGAGGUGGUACCAAAGAUGAAAGCCCAGUCUUCAGUAAUCUUUUGAACCAGACGUGGAUGGUGCUGAAUUGUUGCUUGGAUGGAAAAAGGGCUGCCCAUGUUGUGCUACACUAUGCUAAAACUGUAAUUUAGUAAGACCUUGGGCUGCCUCUUCUGUCUUAACUGGUUCUGCAGCUUGUCCUUUUGCCCACAUAGGGCCUAUUUCAUGUACUGUUAGUUUUCUCUGGGGACUCUUUAACUUUAGAGCCAUUUCUUUUUCUUCAAACUGAUGAACUUUUGUUUGAAAGGCAUAAGGAGUGAAAAGCUCCUUGAAAAUCCAGGCGGGUAUGGAAAGGUGCUGCUACCCAUAUCUUUUUGACUUUCUUUGUUUCAUGACUUUAACUCAUGGCAUCUCCUUUGUAGUAAAAGGAGACAGACCAUUAAUUUCAGCAUUUCUUUGUGAUUUAUAAGUACUGAGCAUGAAGUACUUGUCUGCCCCUCAUUUCAAGGCCAGAGUUAUUUUCUAUUUAUGUAUUAGUCUAGGCUGAUCCUUUAGGGCACAAUAGAAACCAUGGGGCGUGGAGCAUGAGUUGUGAAUGGCAGGGAUCAUUCUGGGUAAAAAAAACCUAGAAUCAUUUCUGAUGUGCAACAUUGUCAAGUGAAGAAGCUAACAGUUCAACUACCGAGAUUAUUUGAUAACCUGGGUUUUCUCAUUCAUCCAUCAAGCACCAUCAACCAGUCGGCCAUUAUUAUUUAUAUAUGUAUUACCAAAAGCAGUCUAUCUGCCUGUGACCUCCAAUGUACACUGCCAAACACAAGAGUAGGACACAUCUGUUCUGGGUUCUUGACCUAUCUGUCUCCAAUUCAUCUCCCCUUUUCAGCCAUUUCAACAAACUACUCUUUGGAGCUCUGAGAUGACAUCUUGUUGUUUUAUAUAGAUGUAUCUUUUUAAAAUAGUUCACGUUUGGAGAAUUCUUUUGUACUCAUUUGCUUUUUGUCUGAGAACCAUGUCUAUUUUUAUAACUGGAGUGUGAGUUCUCUAUCUUCUCACAUUCUGUAUACUGUAUCCAUUUUCUAGAGAACCCAGUAGCUUUUAUACAGUCUCUUCUUACCACCCCUUGUGGUUUCAGAACAAGCUUUAUUUUAUUACGAGUAUAUUAAUGACAACUAAUUCCUGUUCCAAUUCUACCUGUUUUAGUUGUGAAGGUAGUUUUGUGUAAUCCAGUUGAUUGCUCCUCUGGCAGAGAGAAGGAGCUCAAAAGAUACUUGAUGUCUUUCAUGUAAGUUUACCUGGUCUUUUCCUAUUGAAGAAUUUUUCAUCAGAAACGACUGGGAAAGUUUGGGAAAGUCAGCAAAAGAAAGAAUGCAUUUCGAAAGCAAACAGAAGAAAAAAGUAUAUUCUCACAGUUUUUCCCCAGGAAGUCUGGAGAAAAAGUCCUCAUGUCACCAGUUUCUCUGUUGCAUGAAUUUUAGUGUUUUGCUAUAAGACAGCAUGAGGGCUAUCAGGCCAAAAUUCAUUAUUGUAUUUCCAAUACAGUUUGUCUUGAAUGUCUGUCUCUUAAACCAGUUUUUACUUGUCAGUUUUCUCUCAGCAAACAGUCUUACUAUUAUGUGGAAUUUAACUUUUCAGAGAAAAUUUCCAAAGUCCUCUACCUUAUUUGGCUUUUAUCUGUGUCUUUUGGAAAAGGAGCUGCAUGGCCUCAGUGCCUCCAUAAAAAGCUUAACUUGAGUUAAUGGGAGAACAUUAAGAUCGUUUUUUUUCCCUUUUAGCUCGGUAAUCUCAUGUACCACAGGUAAUGACCAAGCAUCUCUGCUAGAGGAUGUACCUCUCAUAACUCCUGUGUAAAAUGAGGAUCCUGUUGGUGAUCCUCAUUCCAGUUUCCAAAGCGAGAGGAGCCUUCUGAGCAGAAGUAUGCAAGACUGAUUCUGUUUGGAACAGUUUCCUAUUUGGCUGCAUUCUAGAAGGCCUCCUGACUUAUUCAUAGUAUUGUCCCCUGGUGGCAUUGGUGUGGGGUAGCUUGUCCUGCUACUUGCUAAAGUUCUCUUUCUUUGAGAAAACUGAGGAACCAGAAUGCUUAGUGUUCAUAAAAUAAUCUCUAAACCAUGUUAGGUUAAAACAAAAUGACCAUCUCACAAAAACGAGUUUAGUUGAAUGCUCAAUUCCUUACAAAAUCUUCAUUUAAGGUUGAGUGUGGUGGCUCAUGCCUGUAAUUCCAGCACUUUGGGAGGCUGAGGCAGGAAGACUGCUUGAGCCCAGGAGUUCAAGACCAGCCUGGGCAACAUAGGAAGACUCUGUCUCUACAUAGAAAUUUUAUUAUAAAAGUAGCUGGGGAUGGUGGCACACACCUGUAGUCCCAGCUAUUCAGAAGGUUGAGGUGGGAAGAUUGCUUGAGCCCAGGAGUUUGAGGUUGCAGUGAGCUGAUCAUGCCACUGCACUCUAGCCUAGGCUACAGAGCAGGACCCCAUCUCCAAAAAAAAAAAAAAAAGUCAUUUAAAAACUGAAGAAUGUUCUCUUCUUGCUCAGUUCCCUAAAUUAGCUGGGGGGAUUGGGAUACUUUACAAUUUUUACAUUUUUAAAUUUGAAGAAUUUGUUUUAAACUUACUUGGUAAUGGCACUUCUACUUACUGACCAACUUUUCAGCUCUUUUUGACCAGGAUGGUUGCAAAUUAGGGAAAAUAUCUUUAUACUAUACAUCCAAUUCAAGAGGACUUUAAUUACUUAAAAGCAUUUAGGUCAUAAUUAAAAUUAUUUUCACUGUUUCCAUAAAAUAAGCAUUAUGAUUGCACACUCCUUCUACUGUCUGAAUUUAUGUAAGAGGUAUAGCUUGCUUAAAAUACAUAUAUAUGUAAAGUUAUAUUUUCUUAGAAACAUGGAUGUUUACAGCCAUUGCUUUCAAAGAGAUUAUUACUGUGUAUUCUCCCUGUUUUACAAUAUGUUUUCAUGAAGACUAUGUUACACCAGAGGCUUCUGAUUAUCAAAGUGAUAACCAGUUUUAACUGCCGGUAUGUACCAGAUUUGUGAACUAAUUUAAAAAACCACAAACUAUGAAUAAAAUGGAGUUUGCAAACUAAA